UUCCCUCGGAGUCAAAACCUUAACUGCAUCUUAUCGUAUUCCUUCCCCUUUGUUUAUCCCUUUUCUCUUUCCAAUCUCGAACCCUCUGAGAAAACCCAUGAACAGAACUUCACCACUUCCAUCGUUCACCACCAAAAUAUCAAUACAGAAGAAGUAGAGUAUUUUUUUCUCAACAAAAUCAAAAAACAAUACCUCUCUGAGUGGUUAAUCAACCAUAAAAAGACCUAUCUGGUAAUUUUUAGAUUUUCUCUUAGUUAUUGAUUUUUCAGAGAUUUUUGAAGAUGGAGAAAAUGAUGAUAUAUCGAUUAAUCUUUCUUCCUUUAAUCGUACACUGAUUUUGGGGUAUGAAGAUCUGUGUUUCUUUAUUAACUAUGUGAAUUAUAAUUUGAUUGGAUUCAUGUGAAUCGGUUUAAAAUCAAUAUAAGCUAGGUCUCUUUAUGAUCCGCAUAUUUUUCAUGGCUGAAUAGAGAUUUGAUGAUUGGAGUUUUCAGAUUAUGGUUAGGGGGAAAGCAGGAUUGGCAGGAUAGGUUUAAAAACAUGAGGAGAGGGAACCAAGAAGCACACGAUAAGAAUGAUACUCUAAGUCGAGUUAGCCAGGGUUUAACGAUUACACAGAUUUAUCCCAUAAUGAAGAAAACAGGAAAGGGACCACCUUAUGCGGAAGAAGAGGACCUGAAGAACAAUGCACUUAAGUCAGUUGUUAAAUAACUCGCAGUAGCUGUUGGAUCACUGGUUUUGGUUAGUGCUGAAUUUGUACCCUUGGAACAAAGAAUUCUCUUACAAGAUGGAUAUGCCGGUCAUCCCAAUCCCUCAAGGCAAGAGGCUAUGGAAGCUAAUUAAGAGCGUAAUCAGAAUGCAUUUCGGCCAAAGAUUGCUGGUAGUUCUCAUGGAGUUCGUGACAUUAAGGUAGAAGCAGCAAAGGGGAGACUAAGGGCGAAAGAAUUAGCAUUACAACUAAUACCCAGGGUCUUUAAGUUCAUCCAAAUCUACCUAAUACAUUUGUUUCAUUGUUCACCUUUUCGUUUUUAUCAUCGGUAUUUCUAAACUGAGUUUUGUUAAAUGUUUUGAAAAUUUCAGAGGUUACUUUCUUGUUUAAUAGUUCGCUUUCUCAGUUUUGGUCGAACAAAUUAUUGAAAUUAUGAUUGUUGGUUACUGUCCAAUUGAAAGUUUAAUCUCAUUAUUUUAUUGAGAUUUUGCUUAGACAAUCAUCAGAUUCAUUAAAUAAACUCAUCUGAAAUAUGAUUGUUCUACUUGCAUGUCCCAUAGCACUGCCAUUCCCUCUUCUGGCGACUCAGUAUAAUUAUAAAAUCUAUGAAAUAUUCAAUCUGUUGCAGGUUCCUAUCUUUGUUGAAUAUGUUACAUGCUGAAACUGAGGUUAGGUGAUGUUUUUUUUGUGAUGGUGCUGGUUUUGGUGUCAUUACAAGGAUCAUCUUUGUCAGGUUUUAGGGACUAUCACUGGUGGGAUCUCAGAGUGAUGGUUGCAGUAUUUGCAAUUGAAUGAGCUGUCUCUUUGAGUUGCAGUCGCUUCAUUCUUAAAUCUGAUUCAAAACCUGUGGUGAAUGCUUGUAAGUCUCUGACUGAUAUUCAGCAUUACCACUGUUACAGGAAGUAAACUUCUCUCCUGACUGUUUGCAUUUUUUUUUUUUUUUGCUUUUUCAUGUAACGUUUGGUUUUUGCUGCCUUCUCGUUUUUUUGUUAGCUUUAAGCUGGCUUUUGAGUUGUUAUCCAGUAAAAUUGCGGUUUAAACUGCUUUCCCCAAGUCUUUGCUUCUGCAUUUUUGAAGCUUUCACUGACAAAUGUACUUCAAACUAGGAGUGAUUGCAGUAGAUUAAGUUAAACUUUGUGUUGUACUCUGAUAGUAAUCUUGUCCUACCUACAAAACAUGUGGAAGAGAACAUAGAUUUUCUGGUAAAAGUAGAAAUGGUCCUUUUUUAAGAUGUUGAAUUCGGUUUUCAGUGCACUCUUGUUAAAUGAACAGUAUUGUGAGUACUUUAGUACUGUGGAAUCUAUGUUCUAUCAGGAGCAUUAUUAAUAUUCUAGUACUUCUUUUACGUUAGGUAGGGUACUUACAUCGGUCUGUACGAACAGGUUAGUGUAAACUGCCAAGCAAGAAAGGUGCUAUGCUGAUCAGAAACUUAAAAAGACUGAAUUUGUUAGCUAUUAGUCUUAAGGCAAUCGGCUAAUAAAAUCUGAGUUUCACCAGAAAAUUUCUGCUUCAUUAUCUCCAUAUAAACAGGACUUAUAACAGAUUAACAAGCCUAUGUUAGCUCAGCUAAAAGAUUUGGACAAACAGACGUAGAUGCACCCUCGUCAUUAGAACUCGUUGUUUCCUGCUCCUCGCCACUGGAGGAGUUGCCAUAAUACAAGAGAUUUUCUGAAGUUUUUCGAAUAAAUUGCAUUCAUUUUCUUUUUGUAAAUUACUGACAGACGACUUGUUACCUCCUUUAGUUUUUUCUGCAAUUGAGUUAAUAUACCAUGCAAACCAAUUUUAAUCUUUGUUGAACUGAUACCCAUGUUUCUAUGUUGCAGGUUUUUGGACCUUUUUUGAAAUGAUACUCAUUUGUCGACAAAGUUUUUAAUGAUGAUGCUGUGCAGUACUCAGCAUUUCAGAAUAAUCAUGGGAGAUAUCGUGGAAGCAAAAAAAUUCAUGGAAGACGCUGCGAAAAAAAUGAUUAACCGCUCGUUUGCAAAAGCUGCUGACUUCUAUCAGAAUGCAGGUCUUCAUUACGAGAGCCUUAAUUUAUGGGUUGAAGCAGCAGAGGCUUUUCUCAAAGUGGCUGAAUGUCGGUUGCUUAAAGUGGCUAAAUGUGGGUCUGAAUCGUCAGACAAGCAUUUUGCUGCUUUGGCUUAUGUCCAGGCAGCAUACCACUACAAAUCUGUUGAUGAUAAUGAUAAGGCUAUAUCAUGCUUGGAGAAGGCAGUGAGGCAGUUCGAAACAUUAAAGAUGUUUGAUCAAGCUGCUAGGUUUUGUAAGGUUACUGGUGAGUGGUACGAGAAUCAGAGCAAUUGGGAGGGAUCUAUCUGUUUCUUUAAGAAGGCUGCUAAUCACUUCCACCAUGGAAAGAAUGAUGCAGAAACCGAGUGUAGGGAAAAAGUUAAAGAGCUUAACGAUAAAAAAAAUGGGGUUUGAAAACUAUAGGUUUAUAUUUACUGUGGAAUGUGUGCGUACUUUACCUUGAAUUAAAGUUUGGUCUGUCGUCUUGGAUUUUAUCAGCAAACUUUGUUAAAUGGAAAUGUAGUCGUGUUCCAAUAUAGGCAAAUGAUGCAGCGAACCUGGCAGGCAGCUAAGGAAGCUUAUACUUCGGAUUCUAAUUUUUAUUUUUAUUAAAUGCA